AUGGCGGACCUCAAAGUUGAACUUACUGCUCCUAACGGACGCAAGAUCACCCUGCCGACUGGCCUCUUCAUCAACAAUGAAUUUGUCAAAUCGAGUUCAGGCGAUAAGAUCACCAGCAUUAACCCUACAGAUGAGUCUGAGAUCACCUCCGUUGAGGCAGCGUCGGCAGAUGAUGUCGACAAAGCUGUGAAAGCGGCGCGGGCAGCAUUCAACGAUCCGUCAUGGCGCGACCUCCCUGCCACCGAUCGAGGCGCCCUGAUGUAUAAGUUCGCCGACGUUCUGGAAGAGAAUAAGGAAACGCUUGCCACACUGGAGACCUGGGAUAAUGGAAAGCCGUACAGCGUCGCGCUGAAUGAGGACUUGGCCGAAGUCGUUGGCUGCAUAAGGUACUAUGCUGGUUGGACAGACAAGAUCUAUGGAGAGACCAUACCGACGACGCCACAGAAGUUCGCAUAUACUCUGAAGCAACCUAUCGGUGUAUGUGGUCAGAUCAUCCCGUGGAACUACCCUCUGGCAAUGGCGGCAUGGAAACUCGGUCCUGCUCUCGCAUGUGGCAACACGGUGGUAAUGAAGCCUGCCGAGCAGACUCCCCUCUCGAUCCUGUACCUUGCCAGUCUCAUUCCUGGGAUCUUCCCUCCUGGCGUCAUCAACAUUGUAAAUGGUUACGGCAAAGAAGCCGGUUACGCCCUAGCCUCUCAUCUGGACGUGGACAAGAUCGCCUUCACGGGUAGCACACUUACAGGCAAGCAAAUCAUGAAAACAGCCAGUGUCAACAUGAAGAACAUCACACUCGAGACGGGCGGAAAAUCACCUCUUGUGGUCUUCGACGAUGCUGAUCUCGAACAAGCCGCAAAGUGGGCACACAUUGGCAUCAUGUCGAACCAGGGUCAGAUCUGUACAGCAACAUCUCGCGUCUUGGUCCAAGACUCAAUCUACGACAAGUUCGUCGAGCAAUUCAAGGAGAUCGUGAAGUCGACUUCGAAAGUUGGCGACCCGUUUGCUGAUGACACAUUCCAAGGCCCUCAAGUCACGAAAGCACAGUACGAGAGAGUCCUGGGCUAUAUUGAGAGCGGCAAAUCCGAGGGCGCAACACUCGCAACGGGUGGCGUCCCGCACAAGAAUGUCGGAGAUGGCAAGGGUUUCUUCAUCGAGCCCACAGUCUUCACAGGUGUAAAGGAUGACAUGAAGAUCUACCGGGAAGAAAUCUUCGGUCCCUUUGUUGUCAUCGCCUCGUUCAAGACAGAGGACGACGCGAUUCGCAUGGCGAACGACUCAACAUACGGUCUCGGCUCAGCGAUUUUCACUCAAAAUAUCGAGCGGGCGCACCGAGUGGCAGCCAGGAUCGAGGCUGGCAUGGUUUGGAUUAAUUCAAGCAAUGAUUCGGACUUCAGAGUACCCUUUGGUGGUGUCAAGCAGAGUGGUAUUGGAAGAGAGCUGGGCGAGGCUGGAUUGGCGGCGUAUUCACAGACGAAGGCGGUUCAUGUCAAUGUGGGUUUGAAGCUGUAA